GAUAUUUCAUGGACCUAAAUAUGAAGGACCUCCCUCAAACGAAGGUCGUGUAAUAAUAAUAUAAAAACUUUGUUUGUACCAUCAUAAACAAAACUAAUAAUACAUACUAGCCUAGCUCUCAAAUAUAUACCACUCGAUCUAUAUAUAUAUUUAUAUCUUCCCAAUUCUAUCAUACAAGAUCGAUUAUUUAUAUAUAUACUCCUAUAAUUUUUAUUUAUUUUGUAAAAAUGAUGUUUGAUGAUGGGGAUUACUACUCACCCUCAGAUGUAUUUAGUUGCAUAAAUUCACUCCCUAAUUCGAAGAAAUCCAAGAUGAUGAACAAGAGAAGGUUUACUGAUGAACAAGUCAAGUCACUCGAAUCGAUAUUCGAAAAUGAGACUAAACUAGAGCCUAAGAAGAAGGUCCAAGUGGCUCGAGAACUCGGGUUGCAACCUCGCCAAGUUGCUAUUUGGUUCCAAAACAAACGAGCUCGAUACAAGUCUAAGCAACUUGAGAAAGAAUAUAGCACCUUGAAGUCCAAUUACAACUCUCUUGCUAAACGAUUCGAGGACCUUAAGAAGGAGAAACAAUCUCUUGUUCUUCAGUUGCAGAAGUUGAAAGAUGAAGCAGAGAAGAAUCAAGUAGAGAGAAAGUGCUACGAUACAAAUGAUGUGACAAACGGCAUUAUUAAAAGUCAACCGGAAGAUGAAAAAUCAGAGAGUGAAAAUAACAUUAAUAAUCAUAAUACAAAAAAGAGCAAAGAAUGUGAAGCAAAACCAGCGUUAUCGUUAGAAGGAUCAGAAUACGGAGCUUGCAGCAUCUUAUCAGAUGAAGGAUCGAGUGAAAACACGAAUUAUUUUAGGAUGGAAGAAGAAACUGAUAUAUUAACAAUGGUACAACCAGUUGAUGGUUCAUUAACAUCGGGCGAAGGCUGGGAUGACCUUCGCCCUGAUGGGUUGUUUGAUCAAGCUGUUGAUAGUUGUCAAUGGUGGGAUUUUUGGUCUUGAAUGAUUGAUCAAUAAGUACAUCUAUUUCUAGGGAAAUAAUCAAUUUGCUCGGGAUGAAGUUGUGUACAUCUUAAUCUCUUUAUAUCCUUCUAGCGGCAAGAUUCAUAUUAGGUUGUGCUUGUGCUUGUUGUGAGUGUUAUUGUACAUUGUAAGCAUUAGCUAGAAAAGGAGUAAAAUUAUGCAACCAUGAUAGCUUAGGCUGCGCGCUAGCUAGAAUUAGGCUCACUCUAAGCACAUACGCGUUAUGUACAUAUUCAUACAAGGUAGAGGUACGAGUCAUGAAUAAAACAAUGGGGGAGUUGAGGAGGGUAUAAGCAUCGGAGGAUGAUAGAAUAGUCAUGUAACUUCACUUAAACGUAAACGUAUUCAGACCACACAUAACAACAAACUAUUUUUUUACGGGAAACAGCAAAUAAACUUGAUCUUUGCUUGUU